GCCGGGGAGGGAGCGAGGGGAGGGACGGGGCGCCCGGAGCAGCUCGGCGGGUAGGGCCGGCACACAGACGGACAGGCACACAGACAGCCAGACACACAGACAGCACGGCGGCAGCCACAGCAGCGACCGUCCGUCCGUCCCCCCGGCCAUGGGGCUCGGCCGCCCGCCGGUCCCCCGCACCCCGCCAGUCUUUUUGCUGAAGUCUGAUCAGUCAUGGUGAUGUACAGCCCUGAAACUUGAAUCUGAAGUGCUGCCCUGUAUUCAGUGCAUCAAGGGGUGUUUGGAGCAGUGAGGGUUGCUUGAGGAAGUGACUGGAAGUGGCUGGAAGAAAAAAAAAGCAAACAACCUUUGAGAAUGCUUUGAUCUGAAAUCAAGUAUCUGCACCAAGGAGGCAGAGUAUUUUUAGGAAGAGGGCACAGGCUGCAUGUUGCAAACUUCUCUUCAUGACUUAUAUGGACAUUGGAGCAUGGCCCUCUGAUGGAAUGUACAACCCCAGAUGAUCCAAUCCUUCAAGAACAAAAUUCCAAGAAAAAGAAUACAAUUCUUUCUACAAUUUGCUUGUUUUAAUGUAUGGCUUGCUCUCAUACACAAAACCCAAGUUUUAAUUUCUGUAUGCAGAAAGACAAGGGUCUGUCUUCAGUAAACCCUCACCAGAAGAGGUGAGCAACAGGACACGCAGAGGUGGAAGGAACUUUGAAGCACUGUGAGAAGGUGAAAGGAAGUACCCAGCUUGUCCUUUUUUAAGCCCAUUUGGGAAGAUGAAGCUUCUCCCUCAUGGCUGGAAGUAGUGGAGUCAAUCAGUUCAGCCUAAGCCUGGGGUGGUAACUGGCAGGCACCUGCUGCAGCCUUUCCUUUCUGCCUUACAUUGGACCCUGCACUGCUCUCAGCCAGUGCUGGGGGCAGAGCCCGAGGGGCAAAGAUGGUUGUGGUAAGGAGGAGGAAUGUGAAAAUGUUCACCUUCGCCUUUUUGCUCAUCACCGUGACGUCCUUCCUGCUGAACUACACACACCAGGUGACCACCACCACCUGGGACCCCCGACACCUCGUCGUGCAGUUUUCAGAGCACGUCCAGAAACUCUUCAAGUACCCCAGGAGACCCUGCAGCUGCCACACGUGCAUUUCGGAGCUGGGCCGUUCCCUCUGGUUCGAUCAGAGAUUUAACUCAACUAUGCAACCUUUCCUGACCUCACAGAAUGCCUUGAUCCCAGAAGACAGCUACAGGUGGUGGCUGAAGCUGCAAGGAGAGAAAGCUCCCAAGAGUUUGAAUGCCACUCUGGCAGAGCUGUUUGGGGUCAUCCCUGGGGACGGGGAUCCUCUGCAGGAGCGCGGCUCCUCCUCCUGCCGGCGCUGCGCCGUUGUGGGCAACUCGGGCAACCUGCGGCAGUCCCAGUACGGCCAGGACAUCGACUCCCACGACUUCGUGCUCAGAAUGAACCGUGCCCCCACUGCUGGCUAUGAAUCAGAUGUUGGGAGCAAGACCACUCACCACUUUGUUUAUCCUGAGAGCUACAGAGAACUGGCAGCAAAUGUGAGCAUGAUCCUGAUCCCCUUCAAAACCCUGGAUCUGCGCUGGGUCGUCACCGCUCUCACCACAGGCACCAUCAACUUCACAUAUGUUCCAGUUCCAAGGAAAAUCAAAGUCAAAAAAGAAAAGAUCCUGGUUUAUAAUCCAGCUUUUAUGAAAUACAUCUAUGAAAACUGGCUGGAGCAUCAUGGGAGAUACCCCUCCACAGGCCUUCUGUCUUUGAUGUUUGCUCUCCACGUAUGCGAUGAGGUGAAUGUGUACGGCUUUGGAGCAGACAGCAAAGGACACUGGCAUCAUUACUGGGAAAACAACACUUCAGGUGGGGCUUUCCGGAAGACCGGCGUCCAUGACGGGGAUUUUGAGUUCAAUAUAACUUUGACUCUUGCCUCCAUUGAAAAAAUAAAAUUUUUCAAGGGCAGAUGACCCUGGCCACGGGGACAAGUGGGGGCUGCAAUUUCCAGCAUGCAGCAGAACAAAGCUCAGUGAAGAUGAUCUGGGCACCAGCCAGGUUUGAAUGCGUGGAUCUGCGGUGGGUUUGGAGCAUCUCACACCGCAGGGAUGAGGCCGAGGCUUCCAAGCUGCACAUGAUUUCCCUUCUUGGGAUAGCUGGGAGCUGCCAAUCAGCUGGAAUAAAUUAAUCUCUGCUUAGGCUCUAUGGCUCAAUUCUUGAAUUACUGAUGAAAGAUCUGCCUGUUGCAAUUAGAGGAAGCCUGGGCACAGGAACAGUGUCUGUGUGUCUGUUCUCUCCUCGAGCAAGGCAGCAGAUCCUUGAAGAACAGUGAAAAUGAUUUCUGGGACUUGGGAUCCACUAAGGCAGCUGUGAGCAUCAUAGUAAGGAUUACCUCAAAGAAAUGAAUUCACUUCUGCUGUUGAUCUUGUUUUUGAACCACCUCUUCUUUGUUCUCUUAUUACUUCUGUUUUCACGCUGUAUUAAGGAAAAACAUGAUGAAGUUGCCUGGAGGAGGAAAUAUUUCAACCAUUGCCUCAUUUUGCAUUGAUAGUGUCUAGAAAAUAUGAAUCAAAUCAUCUCAUAUAUUAUUUAAUAUUGCUUCCUACACAGCCAUAAUGAUGGAGAAAAUAAUACUGAAAACUCCAGAGAAAAAAAUGGCCUUUUUAGCCACUUGUUUGUCUCACUUGGUCAUAUGUAAUUUUUGGGGUUUUUUGAGGUGUUUUGGUGGAAAAUACUUUGGAAUGUUUGGGGGUUUUUUAUUUAAUCAGUUUAAAAUUGGAAAGUGGACUUUCUUCAAGUCAUUUAUAUGUGCCUUUUAUACUUGUGCAACAAAUGUGAUUUUUUUUUAAGACGACAAACCCUAAAUUAAACAUUUUUAUAAAAGGGGGGAAAAUUAACCAAAGUUUAGCUUCUGUCUGAUAUGCUUUUGUAGUCAAAACCAAUAAUAACAACUCCUAUAUUGUAUUUGAACAAACACAAAGAAGACAAUUUUUGAAGGUAGCUUUUACCUUUUUUUUAUGGGAAAAUAUUCAAAAGUCCCAAGAAAAAAAUUUCUUCUUAAUUUUUUUACAAGUUUAAAAAUGUGGCAUCUCUUUACAAGGUCUUUAUCCAAAAUGGAAAAAAAAAUCAUGGUUUGGGAUAUUAACUAGUUAUACACUAAGAAUCUUCUGCUCUGUAGCAGCACUACAAAGACACAAUCUGUACCAGCUGAUCUUAGAGUAUGAAACAGACUUCAAAAUCAUGUACAUCUCCGGAGAAAUGAGUAUAUUGAUGUCAGUACCUCCAGGCAGGAGAGGAGGGAAGUUACAGUGGAGGUUUUAUACUCACAGAUUUUUGCUGGAAUCAAUGCAUUAAAGCUUCAAGGACAGAUAAAGUGUAAAUCCAAGUUCAGUCAGUGAAGAAUAGAAAACGUGGUCUUUUCUUCUCAAUAUGAUGAAAACAGGACUUGUGGAUUAUGGAUCCACUUUCAGCCUUGGUGAAACCAGAGGAAUUCUUGCCACAGACUUCAAGGGACUUUUGAUCAGGCUUGGGAAAAAAUGGCAUAUUUAAUUUUUAAUGCAUCACAUUGGUUGGAGUUUAUGACAAAAGAAAUCAUAAUCUAAAUGUCCUGUCUUCUAUGCACCAGUUGUGGCAGAAUGUCCAAGCAGAUGAGUAUCUGAGCCAGUGAAAGCCCUUCAAUAGUGAUGUGCUUCAUCCAAGAUAUAUCCCCUUGUCUUUUUGCACCAGUUGGUACCAGUGAGGUGCCCUCCAAGGCAGCAACACAUGGCACAGUGUCAUGGGCAGCUGGAAUUUUGGGCCACAGCACCGCUCACCAACAAGAAUUGCUUUACCCACGUGAGUAUUACUGGACUCAUGGCUCAUAAAGAGCCAAGAAUGCCAAAUAUCUGUGUGGGAAUCAAGCUCCUCAGCUGUGUGACCCUUCAGCAAUAUGGAAAGGGCAGGAUUUUCAAAUCCUUAAAUCCUCAUGAUGAGACCUGUUCACAAUCCUCAUGUCAAGAAGCCAUUUCCCAGCAAGAGCUGACCUGCAUGUCACAGGCACAGCAGAUUUGAUGGGCUCACUGUCUUCUACAAGUCCUUUGUGAAAGAAUGAAGCAUUACUGCCUGAACCGUGUUUGUUGGCUUUAAGGAUUCCAGCUUGUUUAAAUUGCUGUUAAUCAAUACGGCUCUUGUGAGAUGCUGCAGAACUACAAAGCAAGUUUAAGAGGUAAAAGACUAAGUGUAAGACACCAGUCAUAGCUUCACAGUGUGGCUGGAUUUUGGAGCUUCAAGUACUUUUCUUUUUUCCAUCAUGGACAAAUAUUAGUAAUUCAGAAACAUUGACUGCUCUUUCAGUCAUUUUUAGAAAAACUUGGAAGAAAACUCAUGGUGGUUAAAUCCCCUUGAUGUUUUGUUUUGUUUGGUUUUUUUUUAUCACAGGGGUCAAUUUGGAAUAAAAAACAGUGGAAAAAGAAGCCAGCUAUAUUCUAGCCUGUGUUGCUCUGAAAGUUUCCUUUUGCUAUUCUAAUAAAAUUUCAAUUUUCCCGUGAACAUUCUGCCUCUGACAGCACAUAUAAAACUCAUGGCUCAUACAUGCAGACAGAUUUAGUGUCUUCAUCAUGGAACAAGCUGCAAUUCCCAUUUAAUUUUGUUGCCAACAGCAAGCAGCAACUGUGUACCACUGAUGUCCACUUUUCAGAGUGUAAGGAGAGCAGAGAGUGGAUCUGUCCAGGUGUAGGGUGAGGAAUAGUCUGUGCCAUCACGUUUCUAUUCCAGGGGAACUUUUUCUAGAGUCGUUUAGGCAGCUGACUGUUAUGUUAGAUUCUUGUCUCAGUUUCUCCACAAUUUUGCUGCUCUUUCAAUUGCCUUCAGAAUCAGGAGAUACCAACAGAUGAUGCUGAGGGAAGAAUUAAUUCCCACUGGCAUUGUUGAAGACUAUUUUCCUGUUAGAAACUUUUUGGGUUUAUUUAGUUUAAAAGAACCAAGGAAAACAUUUAACAACAUGUCUAGGCUUCAAACUCUUGGACUGUAUGUGCCACCACUGCAAAAUCUCUGAAGCACUCCUUGAGUGUGUGUUAUGUUUUUUACCAAAGCCAAAUCUCUUGAGCACUUUUUUCCUCCCAUGUCCAGGUUUUCUUUGUACUUUUCUCUGACUACACGAUCAAUUAUGAUUUUUCUUCUCUAAUGGUGGGAGUCUCACACAAUCAUUUGUUGACAUUUUAUUUAUUUAAUUUUUCAGUAUGAUAUGAA